AUGUCAGAAUUAGAGGCCCGGCAGAAUGAUUUGGCAUUUGCUGCCCAAUUGGGUCAGUCUCUUCUCGAAGCCAAUGAGGUUUUGCGUCGAGAAAAUGCUGAAAUCCUCGAGUCUUUCCAACAAAAGAUAUAUGAACUUGAAAACGAGCGUAAUAUGUUACGGAUGCGGCUGGAUACUGUUGAGCACGAUUAUGACAACCAAAUAAAGGAACUACAAACUGACAUCGUCUCCAUGCGAUUAGAUGUCAGAAAACAAAGACAGAUGUAUCAACAACUGGAGAUGGAAAAAGCCGCGGUUGUUGGCGAUUUGACGCAAGAAAAUCAGAAACUCUCUAGGAAGUUGCAAGAAAGUUCAGAAAACGAAAAUCGUCUUAAAGAGGAGCUAAAGUCCAUAAGAACUCAAUGCGCGCAGAGGAAAACAUCAAUACAAGAUCACUUUCAUACACUGGAUUCAUUGAGGGUUGAGAUUACUUCUCUGCGUGAAGAAAAAGCUAAUUUGGAGUCCAAAUUGGCAGCCAUUACAGAGGAGCGGGAUAAUCUGUUCGUUUCUUUAGCUGAUUCUUACAGGAAGAUUAACGUCAUGGAGCAGAAAGAGACAGAACAAACAGCUAGGAUCAAGUCGCAAGAUGCGGCAAUUGCUAAUCUACAGGCUCAAGCAACCAACUUGCAGGAAGAUAUAAAAUCUUUAACCACGCGGCAAAGCAAGAACGUGGAUCAGAUGUCGUCAUCACGAGUGACCGAAACCAGGCCCCAUCGCUCACUCUUAGCUGAGCUGGCUGAGCAACGGUUGGAACUACUAAGUGGUGUAGUAAGUUAUGAUCAUAUAAUUUUGUGUUGGAAUCAUAUUGCUGUUUAUUUGUGGAGAGCUUAUUGCUUUUCGUAUGGUGUUAAUCCCCAAGGUCAUGGAAGCUGCAGAUCACCAGAUGAAGAUGAUGUUUAUCAGUUCAGUUCACUGGCAGUUAAAAAGAUAUUUAAUAAACCCGAACAAACCACCCUUCGUCCCGACAAGUUCAUACAUGUGUGA